CGGCGGCGUUGCUGCCGUAAGUGGGGCCGGCGGUUUGCCGCAUCACGGAAGAUGGCGGCGGCGGCGGUGAACGGGGCCACGGGCCUCUCGGGGUCCGGGCCCGCGGCGGCGGCCUCGGGCGCCGUUUUGCAGGCAGCGGCCGGCAUGUACGAGCAGCUCAAGGGCGAGUGGAACCGUAAAAGCCCCAAUCUUAGCAAAUGCGGCGAAGAGCUGGGCCGUCUCAAGCUGGUUCUCCUGGAACUCAAUUUCCUGCCAACCACUGGGACCAAACUGACCAGACAGCAGCUCAUUCUGGCUCGUGACAUCCUGGAGAUCGGAGCCCAGUGGAGCAUCCUCCGCAAAGAUAUCCCGUCCUUCGAGCGCUACAUGGCUCAGCUCAAGUGCUACUACUUUGACUACAAGGAUCAGCUUCCUGAGUCGGCCUACAUGCACCAGCUCUUGGGCCUCAACCUCCUCUUCCUGCUGUCCCAGAACCGGGUGGCUGAAUUCCACACGGAGCUGGAGCGGCUGCCUGCCAAGGACAUCCAGACCAAUGUGUACAUCAAGCAUCCCGUGUCCCUUGAGCAGUACCUGAUGGAGGGGAGCUACAACAAGGUGUUCCUGGCCAAAGGCAACAUCCCAGCUGAGAGCUAUACCUUCUUCAUCGACAUCCUGCUUGACACCAUCAGGGAUGAGAUUGCGGGGUGCAUCGAGAAAGCCUACGAGAAAAUCCUCUUCACUGAAGCCACCCGCAUCCUCUUCUUCAGUACCCCUAAAAAGAUGACAGACUACGCCAAGAAGCGCGGGUGGGUCCUGGGCCUCAACAACUACUACAGCUUUGCCAGCCAGCAGCAGAAGCCGGAAGACACGACCAUCCCCUCCACAGAACUGGCCAAGCAGGUGAUCGAGUACGCGCGGCAGCUGAGAAAUCAAAACUGA